UAGAAGUUUGAGUACAACAAACGGUAAACUGUUUAUACGGUGGAACCGUGCACUUGAAGCUUCACUCAAUUGAAGUUCCGUUGACAGCCCCAGAAGCAUUGCUGGAUCUUUUGGAUCUUUUACUUCGAUGAUCGAGCAUCAACUUCUUUUCACAAGAACUCAAGCCCUUCCACAGUUUAGUGCCGCCUCCAUCUGCCUGCGAUAAUAACACUACCACUUCUAUCUUCAAGACCAAGCACUCUAGUAUUAUUUACCAUGGCACUGUCAGACUCUUGGAUUGAUUUUCUGGCUGGUUGGUGCAGCGGCGGAGCUGCCGUCAUGGCUUGCCAACCCGUGGAUACCGUCUUGACUCGACUUCAGGCAGGAGAAAAACGACUGGUGACGGCCCGUGGACUGGUACAAAACGUUGGCAUGUCCAGUUUGUGGCGUGGCUCUUCGGCCAUGAUUGGUGCCGUGCCCAUGCAAAAUGCCUUGCUCAUGGGUGGAUAUGGUAUUGGAAAGCGAUGGAACAAAGAGGAGGGUGCUCUCACGGCCAUUUUUGUCGGUGGGUGUGUGGGUGGUAUUGCACAAUCCUUCCUCAUGUCUCCUGUGGAAUUAAUCAAGGUCAAUCAACAGGUAGCGAUGGAACAAUCUGCCUUGGCGACUGGGAAAAAAGUCGUUAGCGUCACCAUGAUCCAGCAGAAGGCGGCCUGGAGAGGAUUGGGAGCGACGCUUUUGCGAGAUGGUAUCCCUCAUGGAGUGUGGUUUGUAUCGUAUGAAGUCGCCAAGAAUUUUUUGGAAGAAAAUUCAGGCAUCAAAAGCGAUGACAAGGCUGCAACCACCAACUGGAGUAUUCCCUUGGUAUCGGGUGCAUUUGCUGCCACUGUCGCGUGGGGAGUCGGAUACCCAUUUGAUUUGAUCAAGACGCGCAUUCAAGCCAGUACUAGUACGGCAGAAGGCACCAUUUGGGGCACUGCUCAGACCCUCAUCAAAGAAGCCAAUGGCAACGCCUUGCAAGGAUUGUAUCGAGGAUUUGGAUUGAAACUGGUGCGAUCUGUACCAGCUUCUAUGAUUGGCUUCACAACCUAUGAACUGGUCAAGGAUUCCAUUGAGCGGUGGGAAUGAGUGGUUCCAUUGACUGACUGCUGGAUGGUUAGCUAGCUAGCUGAAACUUGCAGUCAGAUAUUGCUAUUAGAUAUCCCAUUGCAAUAGAUAGAUAUCAUUCUUAAAAGCACGGUUACAAAGUC